AUGACUGCCUUGGUUAAUGAUCUGAUACCCGCGACACAGCUGGCUGACACCGAUGAUGUUGAAGCUGGGGAUGAUGACAUUGGCGUCGAAGUCCAGAUGUCAGUUGCUGGUGGUCCAUAUGGGUCUUUUCACGAGCCCAUCCACGAAUCCCUCACUCUAUCUGCCCUGAUCAGUAGCAACUCUGGAGUUUCUCCAGGCACCACCGUCAAAAAUGCCAGUAACCAUGACUGGGAGUACAUUCGGGGCGCAAUCUGGAAUGAUGACCCUGACUGUCAGCUGUUUGACGAUUCUGAGAACCAAAACCAUUCAUACGCUCUUGGUGCUGCUUGGUACAAAGCCUACCGACAGGGACAAACCGAUUGGAAUCCCAAUGCUAUGGAAAUUAACAGGUUCCGGAACCCUAUUGGUCGUUCUCACUACGGUGAUCUUCAGUUUCUACAUUGCAUGGCUUCAGUCCGUGGCGAGAGCCCGGAUGACACCAAAGCAAAGAUCAUGGUCUGGAUGGAAGUUAUGUACAAGCUGGCGACAGGUGAAGAUGGUAUCAACCCCGAUACGAUUGUUUCAAGCACCAAGCUCGUCAAAUUCUGUCCUCCAGCAUCUCUUCCGCCAUCCUACCUAUCCUUGACCUACUAUUUGGCACAAAAAUCCCGUUUCCAAGGACUUGACAUCAGAAGACGUGCUUUGGGCAGCAUGUUCCAUGUCAUCCAAGACUCGUACGCGAUUGGUCAUGCAAAGCGCGAGCUCAUCAACAAAGAAGACAGGGUCUCCGAAAACCCUCUCAAGUUCAAACAAGGUGUGGCAGACCGUUGGGGACCUAUCAUCAACUUCCACACUUAUUUUGGUCAGGAUGGGGAUUCCCAUUCGCACUACGACCACUCUAACGAUGGAGUUCCCGAUCCCGGCAAUUUAGGAAAUCUAGAGCAGUGGAACAAUCUGAUCGGAUGCCGUGACGCUGCUGAUAAAUGCAAGGAACUGGCUGAGAAGAAGAAGGCUGGAGAGAAAUGGGACAGCGUGAGGGAAUGGCUUGACACUAAAGUUUUUGCCCUGUCGGAGAAUAAGACUCCGUCCGAUAGUUCUGUUUUGUAG